AUGGUAAUCUUGUCCAAUGGUAAUCUUGAAAAUGUCAAUCAGGGGAUUGCUAAGAAGCGGAGGAGAGCUCCAGUGGCUUUUUCUCAAUCUAAUAAAAGUGCCAUCAAAUUUGACGCCCCAAAAUACGAGAGCAACCUCCAAAUUAAGAAAUGGGUCCAGAGCCUUCAAGAUCAAGGGCAGAAAGAAAGCUCGGAUAUUGAGGAAGGUCAGAUUGUAACAGAAAAAUGGGAGUCAUCCACGGAGGAGGCUUCUGAAGGUCCAACAGUGGCUGACAGUGUGAAGAAGAGAAUGUCACAAAAUGAAGUCUUCCAAAUGCCACUUGAGAAUGAUGUGUGCCAGCUGGACCAAGAUGACAUGGGUGACACUGUUCUGUGUAAACUUCAGGUGAAGAAAAUGAUUCUCACAAAGCAAUAUCGAUGCGUACAUUCAGCUAGCUGUCAAUGCACAAAGGGGCAUCUAAGUGAAGAUGUGAUAUUCUUGGUGUUUCAGCAUUUGAAUUGGAACCCCAAUCUAAUUGCUACUCUGUCGUGUGCAUGCAAAUGGUUUGAUGAUCUUGCAAAGCGAGUUCUAUGGAAAGAGUUUUGUCGAACAAGAGCUCCUAAGAUGAUGCUUGAUCUGCAAUCUAGUGGAAGCCACAGUGCAGAUGGAAAUUGGAGGGCACUAGGGAAGCUUCUCAUAUACUGUUCAGGUUGCACACAAGGUGGUUUGUUAGAUAGUGUUCAGGUUCCUGGUCAUUUUGUUAAUAAGACUAGAUUUUCUAAGACAUUAGGAAAGAGCUUUCUCAUGCCACAGUGCACAAAUGAUGUUUUGUAUGUGUCUGAGCCUUGUGAGCAUAUUGACCAAGGUGAAGCUGGUGAUUUAGGAUUCUUCAGAGGAAUUUUCAAGUCGUUUGCAUCAUCAAAUGUGAAGAGGAUGAUAGUUAACAGAGGUGCACAGCUCCAUCCAACUGAGAUUUGCCCUUAUUGUAAGGCAAAGUUGUGGAGCAUGCUGCAGGCCAAUAUGAUUCCACAAAGUGCCAAGUGGAGAUUGGGUUCCCAUGAAGAUUAUAUUGAGUAUUAUGUGUGUCUUAAUGGUCACUUGCUUGGGGUUUGCACAUUGUUACCACUCUCUGAUUCAGAAGAUGUAUCUGAAAAUGAGUAA